UUUUUUUUUUACACUGAUUGCUUUUACACCCAUAUAGGAUGUAAAAGCAAUCAUUUCUCUUUCUCUCUGUGUGCAUUCCUGCACUCAUUGAGAAGUACUGAGUGAGCUGUGAUUGGUCACAGCUUGUCACAUGGUACAAGGCUGUUGUGAAUGGCCUUGUACCAUAUUUCACACGUAGUAAGCAAUGAUGUCACAUGAUGUCACAGUGAUCACAUGAUCGGAACCUCGUACAGAGGUCCCGUCCGACGAUCGGUGUU